GGUCGCUGCGAGCCGAGACCGCGGGCCGCGGGAGGCCGGCCGCCGGCGCGGAGAGUUUGUUCCUGUGGAAGAGCAGCUUUGAUUUGAAGGCUUUAGGAACUAGGAGGUGAAACUGCUCCUUCUCCAAGAGGAAGUGCUCCAUUGCUAUGGAUACCGAAUCGACUUAUUCUGGAUACUCCUACUAUUCAAGCCAUUCGAAGAAAUCUCACAGACCAGGGGAGAGAACAAGGGAGAGACACAAAUCACCCCGGAAUAAAGAUGGCAGAGGGUCCGAAAAGUCUGUCACCAUUCAAGCUCCCACUGGAGAGCCCCUGUUGGCAAAUGACUCUGCUCGGACAGAGGAAGUUCAGGAUGACAACUGGGGAGAGACCACCACAGCCAUCACUGGCACCUCAGAGCACAGCAUAUCCCAGGAGGACAUUGCCAGAAUCAGCAAGGACAUGGAGGACAGCGUGGGACUGGACUGCAAGCGCUACCUGGGUCUCACUGUUGCUUCGUUCCUUGGACUUCUAGUUUUCCUCACCCCCGUUGCCUUCAUCCUGUUACCCCCAAUCCUGUGGAGGGAGGAGCUGGAGCCCUGUGGCACUAUCUGUGAGGGACUCUUCAUCUCCGUGUCAUUCAAACUGCUCAUUCUGCUCAUCGGAACCUGGGCACUUUUCUUCCGCAAGCAGAGGGCCGAUGUGCCACGGGUGUUUGUGUUCCGGGCCCUAUUGUUGGUCCUCAUCUUCCUUUUUGUGGUUUCCUAUUGGCUUUUUUAUGGGGUCCGCAUUUUGGACUCUCGGGACCGAAACUACCAGGGCAUCGUGCAAUACGCAGUUUCCCUUGUGGAUGCCCUUCUUUUCAUCCACUACCUGGCCAUCGUCUUGCUGGAGCUGCGGCAGCUGCAGCCCAUGUUCACACUGCAGGUGGUCCGCUCCACCGAUGGCGAGUCCCGGUUCUACAGCUUGGGACACCUGAGCAUUCAACGAGCAGCACUGGUAGUUCUGGAAAAUUAUUACAAAGAUUUCACCAUCUAUAACCCAAACCUCCUAACAGCUUCCAAGUUCCGAGCAGCCAAGCACAUGGCCGGGCUGAAAGUCUACAAUGUAGAUGCUGCCCUUAUGGCCAAACUGAAACUUUGUGUAGCAGAUGGCCCCAGUAACAAUGCUACUGGCCAGUCCCGGGCCAUGAUCGCUGCGGCCGCUCGCCGCAGGGACUCCAGCCACAACGAGCUGUAUUAUGAAGAGGCUGAGCAUGAACGGCGCGUGAAGAAGCGCAGAGCCAGGCUGGUGGUAGCAGUGGAAGAGGCCUUCCUCCACAUCCAGCGUCUCCAGGCUGAGGAGCAGCAGAAAGCCCCGGGGGAGGUGAUGGAGCCCAGGGAGGCGGCGCAGGCCAUCUUCCCUUCCAUGGCCAGGGCACUGCAGAGGUACCUGCGCGCCACCCGGCAGCAGCACUUCCACAGCAUGGAGAGCAUCCUGCAGCACCUGGCCUGCUGCAUCACCAACGGCAUGACCCCCAAGGCCUUUCUAGAACGAUACCUCAGCGCAGGCCCCACCUUACAGUAUGACAAGGAGCGCUGGCUCUCCACACAGUGGAGACUGAUUAGUGACGAGGCCGUGACUAAUGGGUUACGGGAUGGAAUAGUUUUCGUCCUUAAGUGCUUGGACUUCAGCCUCGUAGUCAAUGUGAAGAAAAUUCCAUUCAUUGUGCUCUCAGAGGAGUUCAUAGACCCCAAAUCUCACAAGUUUGUUCUUCGCUUACAAUCUGAGACAUCAGUUUAAAAGUUCUAUAUUUGUGACUAUUAAAAGAAGAAUAUUGAGAGAGUUAUAUAUGUCCAGAGGGAUUUUUUUUAGUUUUUUUUUUUUUAAUUUUUCAUUGCUGACUGAAGCUGGCAGAUGAUAGACCAGUAUCCUUUGACCAUCUGCACUUUAUUUGGAAGGAAGCAGGGGAUGUCCACCCUGACAAAAAGUGACUGGUGGCAUCUGACUGUCGUGGAUGGGACUUCUUGAGAAGCUGUUCACUGGAGUUCCCAUGAUGGAGUUUCUAGAAACCAAAGCGGAGCUGCUGUGUCUUUGGGAGCCUCGCCUUAGAGCUAAUUCCUGUCUUUCGUCCGGCACUGCGUCCUCUGUUGCUUCUGGUCGACCUCCUAGAUCCUGAGACCCUCACUUCUCGUCUUCUUCUGGAAGUCACACAUGCACUCAUGUAUAGAAAUGUCCAUACCACCCGGGACCAAAGGGAAUGGUGGGUGGUCCAGGAGAUGCCUGCCACCUCCUUUGUUCUUCGCUGCCUUAGAUUCCCAGAGAGAUUCCAACCACACCAACAGAUGUGCACUGUCAGGUUACGGCUAUUAAAUGGUUUGCUUUUAACCUUUCCCAAAGAGAGAAGCUACUUGUUCUGUUUCUGGUCCUGCUCCUCUGCUGGCCGGAAGCAGGUAGCCAUUUCCUAGCCCUGGGAUAUCCCACCUGGGCUUUGGUUGUUCACACUCUCCUGAGCAGGAACGCUGCAGCCCUGCCUAGUGGGCAGCCAGGCCAGCUUGUGCUCCCGAGCUGAUGGGGACCUGGCUCUCCACCUGUGCCUAUGGGCCCUUUGCACCGCCUGCGCUCCUCCCACAAACUGCAUGGUGUGGCCCAGCAAGUAGACCCCAUUAGAGCCAGGCAGAAUUCCCCCCUUCGAAGGGCUGCAGCAGGGUCCACUCCCACUUAAUCCUCCUCACCCCUGCUCCACAGAAGCCAGGAAAGACCAACACUGUGACUCCCAAGUUGGCAGGUACCACUUGGAGCCAUCUGAUUUCCCAGGGAGAUGCAUUCUCACAGAGCUCACCCCAGGCUGACCCAGCACAGGACACCAAACAGUGGCCACUGUGCUGGCAACUACUUAUACUGUCCAUUCCCUGUGUUUGUGCAACCACUGUCACUGUGCAACUUACACCUUAGCUGCUCUCCAUUGGUCAAGAGGAGAGAAGGAAUGUGCCUGCUGCGGAACGUGGGGAAGCGGAAGGAGGGAGACCGUGGUCUAGUGCACAGGAGCCCUUGUGGGACCUGGCUCUUAACUGCAGCAGGUUUCAGAGCACUGGCCCCUGGCUGCCCUAGUUUUGAACGGAGGUGCUUCCUGUCAGACUCCUGCUACAAGGGAGUACCUAAGAAGGCACAUGCCAACACCUUGCAGUGGGCCCCCUGGUCUCUGCUUCCCAGUGUCUGAGGCAAACCAUCACCAGGUCCUCACUCAUCCCUGCCCCCGGUCAUUGAGCAGCCAGUCCCCUUGCGUCAGUAGAGGGUGACCUGUCACAGAGCUCUUUGAGUGUGCACAUGUCCCCUUCCUGCCUGUAGAUCUCACAAGUCAUACCGUAUUUUGUGUGUCAUUUUUAAUACAAAAAUUGGCUUUGGAUAUUGUAAUGCAUCUGUUUGUAGAAAAGUAAACAUCCUUCUUGACUCAACA